AAUGGGAGACCGGAAAGGGGAUGGCAAAGGCCGCGGCGGGUCGAGGAAGGGUCUGAACCCGCUUCUGCCUCAUAACAACCGCAUGAGCAGCAGCUCUGCGUUGAAGAUGACGGGAAUAUGGACGCAGACUAUCGGAUAUGAUCCAUAUGCACAGGAGGGAGACCGACAACAAGAGGAAGAAGCCGCAGCUGCGACGAGGGAGCGAGCCAAAGGCAUCAUGGCUUUGGCAACGUUGUCGAAUCAAGGAAACGAAGCACGAGGCGCGUGUAAAAAGUGUGGGAUGAUGGGCCAUUUGACAUUUCAGUGCCGAAACUUUCAGGUGGCCGCUCCCAAGGAGGACGAGGUACGAUACGAUCCCUCGUUGUUCCAGUCGUAUAGGUUAUUGCAUGAUACGUAGUCGUCGGACGACAGCGACAGCAGCACCGACGACGAUGCCAGCCGUCGCUCUCGUGAGCCCAAGAAGAAGCGAAAACGCAGUCGAUCGCCCAAGAAGAAGUCGAAAAAGGACAAGAAAGUCAAGAAGAAGGGCAGUAGUAGCAAGAAGAAGAAGCACAAAAGUGAGUGAUUAAACACCAAGUAGUUAGUACCCGUUGGUUGGAAACGAAUCGCCGGCACAUGGACAUGUCGUUGGAACCAGGAAAAGGGCAAAGAGUACUUUCUCAAAGUGCAAUAUGGAAUAUC